AUGUAUUACACGAAGGUUGGAAAGGCAGCGUUUUGCACACUGUCAGAGUCCAAGAGACAGGAUGCAGCAGCAAUCUGGACACACCUGGAUCCUGUCCUAAAAGAUAUCAAGACGAAAUAUCCACAGGUUACCACCAUGCACUUUUGGUCUGAUGGCCCAAGUAAACAGUACAAGAACAAGAAGAACUUUUUUCUUCUGUCUAGUGUCCCACCUACACUGGGAUUUGAAAGAACAACAUGGAACUUCUUCCCCACUUCCCAUGGCAAGGGCGCACCUGACGGAAUCGGUGGAACAGUAAAAAGAACAGCUGACAACCUGGUCCUGAGAGGAAAUGAUGUCACAGAUGGACACACAUUCUUUGAAAAGGUCUCAGACAGUCUGAGGGGCAUUCAGUUGUACCACAUUGCUGAAGAAGACAUGCAAAGAUACGAUACACUUCUCAUGGAGCCGCUCAAACCGGUUCCCUCAACAAGACAAAUUCACCAGGUAAUCGCACAUGAGAACAGGAUCCACCACAGACAACUAUCUUGCUUUUGCAGUCAGAUUUUGCAUUGCCAGUGCUUCUGCCCAACUACCUUCUAUUUUCAUGACUACCCAGAGGAACAGCAGAGUGAUACACGGGGGGCUAGGAAGAAAAGACCUCUGGCUAUGUUGUGGGAGGAGAUGGAGAAUGAGAUGGAAGGGGAGAUGGAAGACGAUAUGGAAAUGGAAGAUACAAUGAAGGAGUUGGAUGAGGAGCCUUUGAAAGGUCCUGAGGGUACUGUGCAAGUACCGACUGUUAGCAGUCUUAAUAAUGGAGACUGGUUAGCAGUAGUAUAUGAUGACCACUGGUGGCUAGCCAAGACCAUUGCUGUGGAUACUGAGCAUCAAGACGUGAAAGUGGAAUUUCUGCAUCCCCAUGGUCCAACAGCAAGGGUUCAGCCCAAGUGUGGCAGGAAGGAUGUCUGUUUCUGCCCAAUUCAAGACAUCAUAGUAAAGCUAAUCGGAAAUGCCUCACCAGUCCAGUCAAGAACACGAGAGAUCUACAGUAUAGCUCCUGAUGUGAUAGACUUCAUAGAGCGUGAGCAUGUCCGACGCCUGAUGCUCAAGGCGUAA